CGUCAAAUUGAUGAACUCAUGAGUGGAAGCUCCCGCUUCAGAACGGGGCCUGCUGUGUCUUCCUCUCUCUUCAAUGCCGCGAAGCCGACCAAGCCACGGAGGUGGAAAUCGCUCCUCAAGAAGAAGAAGUCAAGUCUCGCCCGCUUGACUUCGUCGCCUACCUUGGCGAAGAGAGAAGGAAAGUAGGAAAAAGAUUUCAAGCUUUCAAAGACUUUGCAAGUGCGUUUUUUAUUUUCCUCUCUUUGAGACGGAAAAGUCGCUCAAAGUCGCCCCAAUGCGGACGCGGGGGCCCUUGUUUCAUGUCCACUAUUCCUCCUCCUCCGGCAGCGGCAGGUUUCUCCAGCCCCACCAGCCCCCCUGGAUUUAUCCUCGCCCUUCUAGCAAUCGGUCGAGAUAUCUGUUGAACUCGUUCUGUCCUCAAGAAGGUCUGGGAGGAGAAGAAGAUUCGCCUGUUCGCCCUUUGAAUAAAGAGGACAGGUCAGAUGAAGAUGAUGAAAAGGUUAGUCAAGAAGGGACUUCGUCGGGAAAAGAUGAUUCUCUAUUGUCGACUGCUGAAGAGGAGUCUCAUGAUAAGUAUGAUGUGGGGAACAUCCUUUCUACCGACAUAUCAGAACCAGUCCACACUGUUUCUCCCAGUGCGAAUCUCAGACGAAGGAUCACCUCCUGGCAAAAGGGCGAGCUGUUGGGAAGUGGGUCGUUUGGAACUGUCUAUGAAGGCAUCAGCGAUGAUGGAUUUUUUGCUAUAAAGGAGGUCUCUUUGUUAGAUCAAGGAAGCCGAGACGAGGAGAUGUUGUUGCAGCUUGAGAAGGAAAUUUCUCUUUUAAGUCAGUUUGACCACGAGAACAUAGUUCGAUAUAUCGGCACAGACAAGGAUGACAAGAAGCUUUACGUAUUCCUUGAGCUCAUGACCAAAGGUUCACUUGCAAGCCUUUAUCACAAACACAAGUUGAGAGAUUCCCAAGUCUCCUCAUUCACUAGGCAAAUUCUAAAUGGUUUGAAGUAUCUUCAUGGCCAGAAAGUGGUACACAGGGAUAUUAAAUGUGCUAACAUAUUGGUUGAUGCGAAUGGGUCUGUGAAACUUGCAGACUUUGGACUGGCAAAGGCCACAGAAAUGAAUGCUGCUAAAACCUCCUUAGGAAGUACUUUUUGGAUGGCACCCGAGGUCGUCAAUCCAAAGGGAAGAAGCUCUGAGUUGAAUAGAAGCAAUGGGUUGGAAGUUGAUAUUUGGAGCCUAGGGUGUACUGUUUUAGAGAUGUUAACACGCCAGCGUCCAUAUCCUAAAUUAGAUAAAAUGCAAGCAUUGUUCAGAAUUGGCCGAGGUGAACCUCCGCCAAUUCCCGAUUCUUUAUCAAGAGACGCUCGAGACUUCAUCCUCAGAUGCUUGGAAGUAAACCUGAAUAAUCGGCCUUCUGCAGCGCAUUUGCUAGACGAUCCCUUUGUGAGGAAGCCACCUGCUUCUUCUGGUUUUGCUUCAGCUCGUUUCAACAACAUAUCAUCAUAAGGUUUUGUUAGGCCAUCCCUAUUGGUCCAUUGCUCUGAAGGUAAUUUUACACUUUUCAUUUGUUAUCUUGUUGCUGCAUCGCUAGUGGGACUAUUCUUCUUUUGGGCUAAUGGGAAGAUACCUCCAUCAACUUACCACAUUGCUUCUGUUUACUCCAAAAAUUAUGACUUUCAACAGUCUACACUAAGCUUUUAAAUUUUGAGCAAAUAGUACAUGUAUUUAUGGGGUCUA